GAGAGAGGAGAGAGAUCUGUGAUUGCUCGUUACGCGGUCACAUCCACGCGUGGUCGUGGUGGUGGUGGUCGUGGUGGUUGUUGGUGGUGGUGUUGGCGCUCGCGUUAGAUAUGGAACAGGUUCGACGUUUCGGUCACUGUGGCAGCAGCGCGCUUCCUGAAGAGAGCAGAUGGGGUAGAGAAUAAACCAUCAUCAUCAUCUCGAGAAAGAAAGAGAGAGAGAGGUGUAAGUGGCCGCAAAUGUCCAGCGCCAGCGUCGCGGAGCUCGCCAUGAGACGCGGCUGCGCAUCGCCACAACCCGCCACGGAGAGCGGCAGCGGCAGCAGCUACACGCUCUUCACCACGCACGACCUGCCCAGCCAUCACCACCACCACCAGUAUCCCCAACAACAACAACAUCAGCACCAUCAUCAUCAGCAGCAGCAGGGCCAGGAGCUGCCCGUGGCGGCUUGGAGCGAGCGCGUGUCCAUCAACGUGUCGGGGCUGAGGUUCGAGACGCGUCGCAGCACCUUGGAGCGCUUCCCCCGCACGCUCCUGGGCGACGCCUCUCGCCUCCUGCGAUUCUUCGACCCGCUGCGCGACGAGUACUUCUUCGAUCGCAACCGCGACAGCUUCGGCGCGAUCCUCUUCUACUUCCAGUCGGGCGGCAGCCUCCACCGGCCCUCCGUGGUGCCCCACGGCCUCUUCGUGGAAGAGGUGCGCUUCUACGACCUGGGCGCCGAGGCGCGCGGCCGCCUCUGCGAGGAGGAGCGCUGUUCCCGGGAGGAUCCAGACCGGCCGCCGCCGCUGCCGCGCAAUCGCCUCCAGCGGCGCGCCUGGCUCCUCUUCGAGCACCCCGAGAGCUCCGUGUGGGCGCGCGGCGUCGCUCUCGUCUCGGUGCUCGCCACGCUCGCCUCCGUGGUGGUCUUCUGCCUCGAGACGGUGCCGCACGGCGAGCGGAAGAGCGGCGACGAGAAGGGGGCGAGGGGCGAGGAGGGGGGCACGGCAGGCGCGUUCGCCGUCGAGGUGGCGUGCAUCGCCUGGUUCUGCCUCGAGCUGCUGGUGCGCUUCUGCGCGUGCCCCGUUAAGGCGGCCUUCUUCAAGAACUUCAUGAACAUCAUCGACGUGCUCGCCAUCGUACCCUUCCUCACCAUGCUCUGCCUGCCCGACGCCGACAUGCAGAGCGCGCAGCAGCAGGCGCUGUCCUUCGCCAUCCUCCGAAUCGUGCGCCUCGUGCGCGUCUUCAGGAUCUUCAAGCUGUCGCGACACUCCAGGGGGCUGCGCAUCCUCGGGCAGACCCUGAACGCGUCGAUGCGCGAGCUCGGCCUGCUCGUCUUCUUCCUCUUCAUCGGCGUCGUCCUCUUCUCGAGCGCCGUCUACUACGCAGAGGUGGACGAGCCGCUCACCAACUUCACGAGCAUCCCCGUCGCCUUCUGGUGGUCCAUCAUCACCAUGACCACGGUGGGCUACGGCGACAUGUACCCCAUCACGCUGGGCGGGAAGAUCGUGGGCACGCUGUGCGCCAUCGCCGGCGUGCUCACGAUCGCGCUGCCCGUGCCCGUGAUCGUCUCCAACUUCAACAACUUCUACCACCUCGAGAUGGACGGCGGCGGCGACUCCACUCGCGCCUGCGCCGACGACUUCGAGCCAAGCGACGCCGACGACUCGGUCGCCACCGCAGGAGGCCCCGGGAUCAUCUCCUGCCCCACCUCCUCCUCCACCUCCUCCUCCUUCUGCUGCUGCUGCCGCCCGUCUCGCGGGGCGAUCAGUACCGGCGACAUGACGCCCGGCACCGACGCGCCCCAGACGCCCGAGUCGCCGAGGAAGGAGCCGAAGGAGCGGGAGACGGAGGAUGAGAAGGGGUCGACGUUGAAACUCCGCGAGAUGGGAGACGCGGCACUGGGCGACGAGGAGGAGGAGGUCGAGGAUGAGGAGGAGGAGGAGAAGGAGGAGCGCGCGAGCGAGCGGUGCUUGCACUCUUCCCUGGAGUGGGAGGCGAAGGAGGAGGUCGUGGUGGAGACUGACGUGUGAUGGACCUCACGUCUCCCUGCGUCUCCAUCUCUCUGUCUCCCUCGCCUCCCUCUCGCUCUCGUGCCUCGCCUUAUCUCUCCGUGUCUCUCUCUCCGUGUCUCUCCCUGCGUCUCCAUCUCUCUCGCCUCUCUCUCGCCUCCCUCUCGCUCUCGUGCCUCGACUUAUCUCUCCGUGUCUCUCUCUCCGUGUCUCUCCCUGCGUCUCCAUCUCUCUCGCCUCUCUCUCGCCUCCCUCUCGCUCUCGUGCCUCGACUUAUCUCUCCGUGUCUCUCUCUCCGUGUCUCUCUCCGUGUCUCUCUCUCGUGUCUCUCCGUGUCUCUCUCUCGUGUCUCUCUCUCGUGUCUCGCUCUCUGUCUCUCUGUGUGUCUCACUCUUUGUCUCUCUCCGUGUCUCUUCCUGCGUCUCGCUCUCUGUGUUUCUCUCUGUCUCUCUCCGUGUCUCUCUUCGUGUCUCUCUGCGUGUCUCUCACUGUGUCUCGCUCUCUGUCUCUCUCCGUGUCUCUCUCCGUGUCUCUCUCCGUGUCUUUCUCUCGUGUCUCUCUCCGUGUCUCUCUUCGUGUCUCUCUCCGUGUCUCUCACUGUGUCUCGCUCUCUGUCUCUCUCCGUGUAUCUCUCCGUGUCUCUCUCUCGUGUCUCUCUCCGUGUCUCUCACUGUGUCUCGCUCUCUGUCUCUCUCCGUGUCUCUCUCCGUGUCUCUCUUCGUGUCUCUCUUCGUGUCUCUCACUGUGUCUCGCUCUCUGUCUCUCUCCGUGUCUCUCUCCGUGUCUCUCACUGUGUCUCGCUCUCUGUCUCUCUCCGUGUGUCUCUCUCCGUGUCUCUCUCCGUGUCUCUCUCCGUGUGUCUCUCUCCGUGUCUCUCUCCGUGUCUGUCUCCGUGUCUCUCUCCGUGUCUCUCUCUCGUGUCUCUCUCCGUGUCUUUCUUCGUGUCUCUCUCCGUGUCUCUCACUGUGUCUCGCUCUCUGUCUCUCUCCGUGUCUCUCUCCGUGUCUCUCUCUCUCGUGUCUCUCUCCGUGUCUCUCUCUCGUGUCUCUCUCUCGUGUCUCUCUCCGUGUCUCUCUCCGUGUCUCUCUCUCGUGUCUCUCUCCGUGUCUCUCUUCGUGUCUCUCUCCGUGUCUCUCACUGUGUCUCGCUCUCUGUCUCUCUCCGUGUCUCUCUCCGUGUCUCUCUCCGUGUCUCUCUCCAUGUCUCUCUCAUGUCUUUCUCCGUGUCUCUCUCCGUGUCUCUCUCUCGUGUCUCUCUCUAUGUCUCUCCCUGUGUCUCAUUCAUCUUCUCUCUCCCUCUCUCUGGGUUCAUGCCCGGCUAGUUGUUACCAAUCGCCUGACGAAGCUGGUGGUGGUUAUUGUUGUAAUCAACCAGCGACACGUCACAGUACUGGAAUUGUAAAUGUUGUGUGGGUUUCACUCUCCAACACACAAGCGGUUAGUGCUGCGCUAGUAACUCGUCGGCACGUUCUGUUGACUUGCCAAACCCCUUACUAGUUGGCUGUGUCGGGUGGUGGCGAGUUUAACGACACAUUUAUAUAUUUACGCGAUCUAAACCAACAAAAAACAUGUUGA